GUGUGGAUGUGUGCGUGUGGAUGAAGGCUGGGAUGGUAACUUGUGCUACCGAAAAGGCAGCAUCACCGCGCGCUCUGCCUCCGCAGCGAUUCGCUCUUUCAGCAGCCGAUGCUUGUCCGUCACUGAGUCAACAUCCAGAAAACAGUUCAUUUCCUUAAAUAACCUCCGCAGGGCAUGAACGUAGGAUUCUUAUCCAGCUGAAUUUCGGAUUUAAAGCGGGGAGAGGAGAGCGUUUGUUCCCUGAACAUCGUUUGAAGUCAUGCCAGUUCCAGAACAGCCUGCCGAAGCAGAGAACGCCACCAUACUCAGCCCAGGACUGAAUGCUUCUAAUGAUGAUGGAUCUCAGACUGAGACCACCUCUGCCAUUCUGGCCUCUGUGAAAGAGCAGGAACUGCAGUUUGAAAGAUUAACUCGAGAGCUGGAGGCGGAACGUCAGAUAGUGGCUACUCAGCUGGAGCGAUGCAAACUGGGAUCUGAGACAGGUGGCAGCAUGAGCAGUAUCAGGGGUCAGAGUGGAGUUCAUGCAAUUUCAGCUCAUAAUGUGAUUUACAUACAGCACCGGGAAUUUGUAUAUGAAAGAGAGAGUGUACAUGAGUGCGUGGGCUUGACCUUCCAGGAAUCUGGUGUUGAGAGUUUCUUGGUUUUAUUGAAAGAGGAAGGGAAGCGAAACAGUGGAGGAUGA